AGCCAUGUUGUAGGAAAUCCGCUUGCGGCGGAUUAUUGUAAUCCGACAGAGGGUCUGGACGACACACCGGAUCACGACAGAGCAGCAGAGCCCAGCGGCCUGGACCUGAAGCAGCUCGUCCCGGACUAAAGGAGGAAGACCAGAUAUGAUCUGAGGAUCUGAUCCUGAUCCUAAACGCACCAUCAGCGGCGCCUGGGCCGUUUCCUGGACCAGAACGAUCCUGGACCAGAACGAUCCUGGACCAGAACGAUCCACCUGACAGACCCGGACCCUGACAGACCCGGACAGUUAGUUCCAGACCCCCCUCCUCCCCUCCCCGCCUCUCUAACCCCAGCCCGGCUCGGCUCUGCUCGGCUCUGCUCGGCUCGGCUCGGAGAAGCUGCUCCUAGCGCGGCUAGCUCACACAGCUAGCCUCAGCUAGCUAAUCAGGAAUUCCUCAAGUUCAGUUUGUAAUUAAAGAGUUCUCCGAGCUGCUCUUCACCACGGAGGGAGGAUGUCUCUGAAGGAGCAGAACAAAGUGUCCACCAUUGAUCGACCUGUUAAAGCGGUGCCAUAUCCUCCCGGCAACCGCCUGACCAUCAAAGACCUGUACGUAGAUGGGAGGCCCAGCGUGGAGCACCUGAAGGCCCACCUGGUGAAGGAGGGUCGUCUGGAGGAGGAGGCGGCUCUGAGGAUCAUCAACGAGGGAGCCAGCAUCCUCCGCCAGGAGAAAUGCAUGCUGGAGGUGGAGGCUCCCAUCACAGUGUGUGGAGACGUCCACGGACAGUUCUUUGACCUGAUGAAGCUCUUCGAGGUGGGCGGGUCCCCCAGCAGCACCCGCUACCUGUUCCUGGGCGACUACGUGGACCGGGGGUACUUCAGCAUCGAGUGUGUACUCUACCUGUGGGCUCUGAAGAUCAACCACCCCAACACCCUGUUCCUGCUCAGAGGCAACCACGAGUGCCGGCAUCUCACAGAGUACUUCACCUUCAAACAGGAGUGUAAAAUAAAGUACUCUGAGCGUGUGUAUGACGCCUGUAUGGAUGCGUUUGACUGCCUGCCCCUGGCUGCUCUCCUCAACCAGCAGUUUCUCUGCGUGCACGGAGGCCUGAGCCCUGAGAUCACCUGCCUGGACGACAUCCGGAAGCUGGACCGGUUCAAAGAGCCCCCUGCGUUCGGCCCGAUGUGUGACCUCCUGUGGUCAGACCCGGGCGAGGACUACGGCUCGGAGAAGACCCAGGAGCACUUCUGCCACAACAGCGUGAGAGGCUGCUCUUACUUCUACAGUUACCCGGCCGUGUGUGACUUCCUGAUGAACAAUAACCUGUUGUCUGUAAUACGAGCACAUGAAGCCCAGGACGCAGGGUAUCGAAUGUACAGGAAAAGUCAAACGACAGGCUUCCCUUCUUUAAUCACAAUCUUCUCUGCUCCUAACUACCUGGAUGUGUACAAUAACAAAGCCCGAGCAGUGACAGCAGGCCGGACUCAGGCGGACUCAGGCGGACUCCUCGGUCCUGUCCCCGCAGACAGCCCCGCACGGCCCCCCUCUGCACGCAGCGCCCGCACGCUGCCUCCCUGCGGGGGACGCAGCACCCGAAUCCGCCUUCACACUCCUCCUCAGGCUCCUGGAGGAACUGUCGGUUACAAAAACAUGAAAGCUCUGCUUACCUGCACAUGA